ACAACAAAUGAAAAAAAAAAAAAGAAGAAGAAAAAAACAAAACGAAAUAAAGAAAAAAAACAAAACGAAAACAAAGUGUUUAUUUAUUUUGGUGUGAUAGCUAAAUUUCUGAAACACUAGCCACCACUCAUUGUCUCACCAUCUCCUUAUUUCAUUUCACCUCACAACACCAUACCCCAACUCUUCGAUUCUAAAAUUUGCAAACAUUUGAUUUGGGUGUUUCAUUUUUUAUUGUUGGGGUUUUUGAUUUCAUGGGGGUUCAGAGGAAUUUUAUUGCAAUUGAAUAAAUUGGGAUAAGGAAAAGAAAUGGAGUGGGACAGCGAUUCGGAUCUGAGCGGGGAGGAAGAUGAGGAGGGAUUCAUGUUAAACGACGGAGGAGGAGGUCCUUUGCCUUUUCCUGUCGAGAAUUUGCUGCAAACUGCUCCUUGUGGAUUUGUUGUCACUGAUGCUCUUGAACCUGACCAUCCUCUUAUUUAUGUUAACACUGUUUUCGAGAUGGUUACUGGCUAUCGAGCUGAGGAAGUUCUUGGCCGUAAUUGCCGUUUCUUGCAAUGCAGAGGACCAUUUGCUAAACGAAGGCAUCCAUUGGUCGACUCCACAGUGGUUUCGGAAAUAAGAAGAUGCCUCGAAGAGGGCAUUGAAUUCCAAGGUGAGUUGUUAAACUUCAGAAAAGAUGGAUCUCCACUGAUGAACAGGCUGCGGCUUACUCCUAUAUAUGGGGAGGAUGACACAAUUACUCAUGUUAUUGGAAUCCAGUUCUUCACCGAAGCUAAUAUUGAUCUAGGUCCCGUGCCUGGUUAUUCAGUAAAGGAGUCUUCAAAAUUGGCUGAUAAGUUUCGUUCUGGUUUUUCCACCUAUCGUCCAAUCCCAGUAGGUGAUCGUAAUGUUAGCCGUGGCAUCUGUGGGAUACUGCAAUUGAGUGAUGAGGUACUGUCUCUUAAGAUACUUUCACGUUUGACUCCAAGGGAUAUUGCUUCAAUUGGUUCUGUCUGCAGACAACUCUAUGAGCUGACAAAGAAUGAGGAUCUCUGGAGAAUGGUCUGUCAGAAUGCUUGGGGUAGUGAAACAACUCGAGUUCUAGAGACUGUGCCUGGUGCGAAGAGACUUGGCUGGGGUCGGCUUGCUAGGGAAUUGACAACUCUUGAAGCAGCAACAUGGAGAAAGCUAACCGUUGGAGGUUCUGUUGAACCCUCAAGGUGCAAUUUCAGUGCUUGUGCAGUUGGUAAUCGAGUUGUACUUUUUGGUGGGGAGGGUGUUAACAUGCAGCCAAUGAAUGAUACCUUUGUCCUGGAUCUGAACUCCAGUAACCCAGAGUGGCAACAUGUCCAUGUGAGCUCCCCUCCUCCUGGUCGGUGGGGACAUACACUUUCUUGUGUCAAUGGGUCUCAUUUGGUGGUCUUUGGAGGUUGUGGAAGGCAAGGUCUAUUGAAUGAUGUCUUUAUUUUGGAUUUGGAUGCCAAGCCUCCGACUUGGCGUGAGAUUUCUGGAUUGGCCCCUCCACUUCCACGAUCAUGGCACAGUUCCUGCACCCUUGAUGGCACUAAGUUAAUUGUCUCUGGUGGGUGUGCAGAUUCUGGAGUACUUCUCAGUGACACAUUUCUGCUUGAUUUGUCAAUGGAGAAGCCUAUCUGGAGGGAGAUACCAGUUUCAUGGACCCCACCAUCUCGGCUAGGUCACACUCUUUCAGUUUAUGGAGGAAGAAAAAUAUUGAUGUUCGGGGGUUUGGCUAAGAGCGGUCCCCUUCGGUUCCGCUCCAGUGACGUGUUUACUAUGGAUCUAAGUGAGGAGGAACCUUGUUGGAGAUGUGUAACAGGGAGUGGAAUGCCUGGUGCUGGAAACCCUAGUGGCAUAGCUCCUCCACCUAGACUUGAUCAUGUAGCUGUGAGCCUUCCUGGUGGUAGAAUCCUGAUCUUUGGUGGCUCUGUUGCAGGUCUUCACUCUGCCUCGCAGCUUUAUCUCCUUGAUCCUACUGACGAGAAACCUACAUGGAGGAUUCUAAAUGUACCCGGGCGACCUCCAAGAUUUGCUUGGGGGCACAGUACCUGUGUUGUUGGAGGGACAAGGGCUAUAGUCCUUGGUGGUCAAACUGGGGAGGAGUGGAUGCUGAGUGAGCUCCAUGAACUGUCUUUGGCAAGUUCAGCCACCUAAUUUUCACAAGGUAUGUACAAUGGGAAGUUGUGGCAAAGGAAUCCUUAUAAGCCCUCAACCCCGAAAACAGAGAUCAUUUGUUGGAAACUCAGUUGAGACUGUUGUUUCGGUCACUAAUAACAGUUGACAAACGUUGCUCCAGUCAGGACUUCUGUACCAAGUGGUGUCCAUUAAUGCAUUUUCUUGUACCCAGUAGUUCUGACCCGGCAUGAACUUACAUAAGGUGACAUGCAACUUGUUUUUUUUUCUUUUUGGUAAGGUUCAUAUGUAAUGUACCGUUCAAAAUGCACAAUGGAGAUUCUUCCUCUAUAGGUUAGUGGCUCUCGAUAGACUGGUUGGUAUUAUUAAUAUUUGUAGGCUUAAUGCAGCUCUGUAAUCUUAAACAAACAGAAGUUCAAAACAAGAAAAAAAGUGGUGCAUGUUUAUAAUAUUAUUAGCGUGCUGCUUGGUUUGUAA